GCCAUUUAGAAACUAAACAUGGACAAUAUUUAUCCAAGCCUCGAGGGUUGGUUAUGCCUCAAAUGUGUUGUUCUUCUGCCGGAUAUCCUUGUCGUGCUCUGUUAUACAAACAGUAAGAAUAUAAUUUUAACAAUACCCUAUUUGCACUUAAUGUUUUGUUUACAUUGGUUGCCCUGCAAAUUGUAACGCUUAAAUGUGGAUGUUAAUGGAUUUGCACUGCAUGUGCCUGCGUUCAUGGACAAUUAUUUUUGCUAGAAAAUUUAUAAUACGUAUGGUUCUAGUCCUGUGUGUGGAUCAUAUAGUUUGGGAAUGGCUGCUGUGAAACAAUGAAACUCUCAGACUUGAGUUGCCAUUGAGUCUUUAUCAUAGUAAUCGCUGCAGAGUUACACAAGCUCAGGUGCUCAGGAUGGAACAACUGGCUGCAAGUGUGAAAAAGCCAGGACUCAUACAAAGUGGCGUUUCACAAGACAAUGUGAAAAAAAGAAGACAUGCCAGAACUAAUACGUGCUUCAUAAAACGUAAUGAGAAAAAAAGAAAUGAAAUCCUCCUCUGUGUCUAUUUGCUGUGUCCGUCCACUGUAGCAAACUCCCUGUUUGCCAAGACCACAGCAGUGAGACACCUGGUCAGUUGAAUUUUCCGUUACACUGCUCUAGCAGAUUAGAUAAUACAGAAUAUGGCAUUGACAAAGUGACCUCUUGUUAAUGAUCUGUUUUGAUCUGGUAGUCCCAGGGUAGGUGUGGAAGUCAGUAUGUUGUAGCUGGGUUAAUGCUCUGUCGUCCACGUCGGGUUGUCUGUUGGUGUCAGUCCUUGGCCAUGCAUAACAUACAAGAGUGGAGCCUCCAGGGAUGCAUAAUCCCAGAUCCAGUGUUUACAGUAGCCUGUCAUCCCUUAAAAUGACAUUUAUUGUCUUUGGGACGCGGUUUUGGAAUCUUGAGGAUGGCUUCCACUCGUUUUGUACUUGAUAUUGAAUCACAUAUCGCGUGAAGUGACAUUGUGUCCCCUGUAACUCACCCGAUGAGAGGGGUGAUGUUGACGCGUAUUUUUAAAAGAUGCUUGAGGCUUGGAUAAAUAUUGUCCAUGUUUAGUUUCUAAAUGGACAAUAUUUGUUUGCUAGCAUAUUAGCGAACAGCACACACAGGCUUGGGUGUUGUCCUCUGGGCCUGCGACUUGAGUCCUUUCUGCGAGUCCUCUUUUUAGUUUUGAAUGAUUCAGUUGGACUUUGUGAUUCCUGUUCGUCCUCAGCAGCUUUCCUCUGCUCCAUCUUGCUCGACCCAGCACACAACAAAGUUCUCCCUCACCUAGAUUCAAUCAUGAAUCAAUCAUAGGGGAAAUUAACAUGAACAUAUUGUGGUCAAAAUGUUACAUUUCCCUUACAGGUCCAUUCUAGGGAAGAGAAAAACAACAAUUUGUACGAUUUAGGUGAUCACACACAAGUGAAAACAUCACCAGGAUAAUUUUCUAUUCAAUUCCUACUAAAAGAUCCCUUUCACCAAAGUCUUACACACCAAUGCAGUGUGUACGAUUUUUCUAAUCAUUACACAAAGGUGUUUCACUACAAAAUAAAUCUAAAUUGAAGAAGAUCUAAUGUCCCUCCCUUUUGGAAAGUGGCCGAGUUAUAACAAUAACUGUCACAUGUUGAGGGCUCAGCUCCACACGCCCCCCCCCACAUUCAUUCAGGACUUUCUCUCUGGCGCCCCCUAUAGAGGGAAGUUCUCGCUAUCACAAAGUCACACAUAUGAAUACAGUGUAUGGUGAAGACGCGCUUCCCAGAUCGGAUCAGACACUCGCUUGUAAGCAUGAGCGUCCCUGCGGCUGCGCUCGGGUCCGUGCGGCUCUCCAGAGCUCUCCAGAGCCGCAUGAGGGGUCUCCGGUCACUCCAUGCGGCGGGCAGCGGGUCGGAGCUCCAGCCCGGAGCCUCUUCCGUCAGGAGGAACCUGGACGUCCAGACGACGACGGACACAGGGAGGCUGAAGACCAUCGAUGACCUGCCGGGGCCCAGUUUGGCCACCUCCCUGUACCUGAUGCUAUUCAAAGGAUAUUCAGAUAAGACGCACCUAAUCCAGGUUUUACAGAAGAAUCAGCACGGGCCCAUUUGGCGCACUAAGUAUGGUUUGUUUGAAAUGGUCAAUGUGGCGAGUCCGGAAUUCAUAGCUCAAGUGAUCCGGCAAGAGGGUCGCUACCCGGUCCGAGUUGAUAUGUCUCACUGGAAUGAUUACAUGGACCUGAGAGGACACGACUAUGGUCUGCACACGAGCUCAGGACCAGAAUGGUACCAGAUCCGCAAACAGCUGAACCCCAAAAUGCUGAAGCUGGGGGAAGUGUCGGCGUAUGCCUCCGACAUCCAAGAGGUGGUCGGAGAUAUGCUGCAGCGCAUUGAGGUCCUGCGCUGUCGCAGUCAGGACCAGGCCACGGUUCCGGACAUGGCGGCUGAGCUCUACAAGUUUGGCUUUGAGGCUGUCUCUUCAAUCCUGUUUGAAACCAGGCUGGGCUGCCUGCAGGAGGAUAUUCCCAAAGACACACUGCGAUUCAUCGCCGCUGUCAACACCAUGUUAAUGUUGUCUAAUGCCGUGCUUUUUACCCCACGCUGGAGCCGCAGCAUCCUCCCUUACUGGAAACGCUUUGUUCAAGCUUGGGACGUCCUCUGUAGCGUAGGCCAGAAAAUAAUCGACAAGAGGAUGGCUGAAAUCGAGGCUCAGGUGCGCAGCGGUGAGCCGACAGACGGUCUGUACCUGAGUUAUCUGUUGUCCAGUGAAAAGCUGAGCCGAUCCCAGAUCUACAUCACUAUCAUAGAGCUGCUACUUGGAGGAGUUGACACGACGUCCAACACCUUGACCUGGACGUUGUACCACUUAGCACGGGACGAGAGGGCCCAGGAGCUGCUGUACGGGGAGGUGAACUCCGUGUGUCCCAACAAACGGGAGCCGACCACGGGUGACCUGAGCAGGAUGCCCUACCUGAGGGCCGUCAUAAAGGAGACGUUACGCCUUUAUCCCGUCGUACCUGGUAAUGGACGCUAUGUUACUGAGAACGAGGUGAUUGUGGGCGACUACUGGUUCCCAAAGAAGACUCAGUUCCAUCUGUGUCAUUUUGCCGUCUGCCAUGAUGAGGCAGUGUUUCCGAAUCCAGAGGAAUUUGUCCCGGAGCGCUGGCUCCGCUCUCAGAUGCCCGGCUUCGACAAGCCCCAGCCGUACAGCUAUGUCCCGUUUGGCGUCGGGGUGCGAGCGUGCGUGGGGAAGAGGGUGGCAGAGAUGGAGAUGCAUUUUGCUCUCUCGAGGAUGAUGCAGCACUACAAGGUCAAGCCCGAGAAAGGCGCCCCGAUCGUGCACCCUCAUACCCGAAUCCUGAUGAUCCCCGAGAAGCCCAUCAACCUGCGCUUCCUGCCCAGGGCCGAGUGACGAGCGGAGGUCAGUGACUCCCGAAGGUUUGGAUUCAAGUGUUUUGACUGCAAUCGUCUGUAUGUCUAAUUAAGUCGAAGGUUGAAUGCUUUGUCAGAAGCAUUUCCCUUUUUAUAUUUAAAAAGCUCUUGUGGUGGGAAUGCAUAGAUUUUAUUAGUCCAGGUCUUUCUACAGAGUCAGCUUUUCCAGCUGGAGGUAACUGAAUGUUUUCCUCCUCAGAGGUUCUGGAAGGAGAUGAGGACUUUUUUGCUUUGUGGUUCUCUAGACUAAUGAAAUUGGUUCAUCGGCUGUGUCCACAACACACACACUCAAACACAAACACUUGCUUUUAAAAAUGUGUUUAGAAGCCGUACAGGGAGAACACUGCCCCUCUUUGACAAUGAGUGGAAAUGCAGCUUUUACAUAACCUGGCACCAAUUUCUUUCAGGAGGAAGUCUUGUGCUUUUGUUUCGUUUUGAAACAGCCACGUUGAAAGUUGUUUCACAUUUAACACAAGGUUAAGCAUUAUACAUAAAGAAAAACUUUUCGUGGCGGAGGCAAGGAAAGGAGGAUUUAGGAAACGAAGCAACAGGAGGCAGAAGGAAGGAAACAAGGAGGCAUGGAAAGGAAGGAGGAUUGCUUAAAGGGAAAAGUUGUUGCACUUUUUUAGGUUUCCUGUGUGAAAACUGCAAAUAUCUUUCUUUUAUUCGAGAAUUGUUGCAAAAAAUUAUGAUUUAACGUCAAGGUUUUGCAUUUAUAAGUUACAAACAAGAACAUGCAGCUUAAAUACAUGAAUACUUUAAAGCCUUAAUCUCGGUGAAUGAAUGUAAUUGUUCUAAUAUGUAUUUUAUUUUUGUAAUUUAGUUAUUCAUGUGUUUAACUGUUUUAAAUGUUGUUACUAAUUUAAAUGUAUACUGUUGAGCCUCCUCCCUGUGCUGGAGUUUAUAGAUUGGGAAACAAAAUCCCAAUGUGGAAAUAAAAGAUGAUUGAUAUGG